AUUCCAGGAGCAACUUUUUAUUAUUUCAGGCUUUAUUUCCUGACACAAAAAAACACAACAAAAACACAGACGUCUCACUUUUACAUAAACGUUUUGUGAAAUAUGACUUUAUGGGAUGCACCUGAAGGCAUCUUAAGGCCCUGUGACGUCAGCCGCUCCCCUGCGCUCCCUCCAGCAGCCAGUGAGAGGAGGAUGCUCUGAUGCUCUGAUGCUCUGAACGCAAGACUGCAGCAUCUUCACCGAGAGAACGAGCUGGAAGGAAAAAAAACAUCUCUUUCUCUGAGUGUGAUCCUCCGGAGCCUCUUCAGCCGACCCAUCACCUCUCUGGGUGUCUUCAUGAUCCCAGCCAGGACAGGAUAAGAAGAAAGAAAUCAGAAUAGCCUACAAAUCGGAUUUUUCUUUUUUUGUAUUAUUAUUAUUGCUUCAGCGACCUGUUCUUUCUUUCUUUCUUUGGUUGAUUUGGCCUCUUUGUCUUUUUGUUUUUGUUGUUUUAUUUCUUGUUGUGUGUCAGAGGAGCGCCUCCAUCCUGCACCGCCUGACAUGCUCUUUUAUUAUCUGGUUGCAGCGGAAUGACACACAUAAUAUCCUAGACCCGCAUAUCACAAAGCUUGAUGGAAGAGUGACGCUCCGUUUGCACGUUUUGUUCAGUAGCCUAGAUCAUUCUCCAUCUGCAGAGGGUUUCGGGUUUGUGUUCCCUCCUCUGACUCGAUCAUCCACCGCUCCGCUCCAGCGUUUCUUUCUUUCUUUCUGUUUCUGCGCAGCAUCUCUUUACGCACCACGGACAAACGCGCAGCUAUCCUAAGAAACAGGCGUAUUUUUUUCCAAUUCCCCAAAUCGCUUUCGCCUUUUUCUCCAAGGACUCAUCUUGUAUACGGCUAUACGCUGCGUAAAAAAAGAAAGGGGGGAUUUAAAACGCAAAACGACAGCCCAAGCAUCUCAAUCUCAAGAGCAAGCUCGAGAAAAUGAUGGCCGGCGGAGCAGUACAGCAAAACGGGAUUUUUUCAAAUCCUCACCAUCACAAUCAACAACCACACAUGGAGUCCGAUCCACCGGACUCACGGAAAAGACCCCUGGAGACUCCGACGGAGGCCAGCAGCACCAAACGCACAAACACAGGAGUGGCCUUCCUGCAGCCCCUAUUUGAAACUGAAGGCAUUGUAUUCCCUCACCAAGAAACUGAGACUCAUGAGGAAGGCGAGUACUUCCUGAAGGUUUUGAUUCCCAGCUAUGCGGCGGGUUCUAUCAUCGGUAAGGGAGGUCAGACCAUCGUCCAGCUGCAGAAAGAGACCGGAGCCACCAUCAAACUGUCCAAAUCCAAAGACUUCUACCCAGGAACGACAGAGCGGGUGUGUCUGAUCCAGGGGACGGUGGAGGCGCUGAACGGCGUCCAUGACUUCAUUGCUGAGAAGGUGAGGGAGAUGCCUCAGAGCACCCAGAAGACAGAGCCGGUCAGCAUCCUGCAGCCACAGACCACCGUCAACCCUGACCGCGUCAAACAGGCCAAGCUGAUCGUCCCCAACAGCACGGCGGGGCUGAUCAUCGGUAAAGGUGGAGCUACAGUCAAGGCGGUGAUGGAGCAGUCCGGGGCGUGGGUCCAGCUAUCCCAAAAGCCCGAGGGCAUCAACCUGCAGGAACGCGUGGUCACCAUCAGCGGCGAGCCGGAGCAGAACCGCAAAGCCGUGGAGAUCAUUGUCCAGAAGAUCCAGGAGGAUCCGCAGAGUUCCUCCUGCCUCAACAUCUCCUACUCUAACAUCACGGGGCCCGUCGCCAACUCCAACCCCACCGGCUCCCCAUACGCCAACUCCACCGAGGUCAUGCCAUCAGCGGCGGCCGCCGCAGCAGCUACAGCUUCCUCUCUGCUCGGCCAGGCCAGCCUGGCCGGGGUCGGGGCCUUCCCAACCACCAUGUCCAGCUUCUCAGGCAACGACCUGCUGGCCAUCACCUCCGCCCUCAACACCCUGGCCAGCUACGGCUACAACACCAACUCCCUGGGCCUGGGGCUGAAUCCCGCUGCAGCCUCAGGGGUGUUAGCAGCCGUAGCAGCUAAUGCUAACCCGGCAGCAGCCGCCGCAGCUAAUUUGUUAGCAUCCUACGCCAGCGAUGCAUCCGGAGGUCACCCGGCCACUCUCGGAGGCUUCUCCCUGGGAUCCCUGGCUGCCGCUACAGGGGCCACCAAUGGCUACUUGAGUGCAGCAUCGCCCCUGGUGGCGUCAUCUCUACUGGCCACGGAGAAGCUAUCAGAAGGAGCAAAGGAAGUGGUCGAGAUCGCCGUGCCAGAAAACCUGGUGGGAGCCAUCUUGGGGAAAGGAGGGAAGACGCUAGUGGAGUACCAGGAGCUGACCGGCGCCAGGAUCCAGAUCUCCAAGAAAGGCGAGUUCAUCCCCGGAACUCGGAACAGGAAGGUGACCAUCACGGGUUCCCAGGCCGCCACGCAGGCCGCACAGUACCUGAUCAGCCAGCGAAUCACCUACGAGCAGGGGGUACGUGCCACCAACCCACAGAAGGUGGGCUAAACCUGACAGCCAAUGAGAAACGAGGAGGAAAAGAGGAAAAAAAGAGUGGGGGCUUGGGGGAGGAGUAUAAAAAAGGGAGAGUGAGAAUGGAAAAAGGAGAGGAGAGCAAGAAUGUCAGAAGGAAUCGUCCGCGCCGUUUUCUUCUGCGUGUUUUCAGUAUUCUCUAUUAAAAAAAAAAAGAAUUUUUGACGCGAAGCAAAAAUGUGCUGAGAAGACGAGGAGGGAGAGGAGCGAGUUAUCACGCUGAAAAACCAAGAAAAAAAUGUGUAACAUGUAAAUAAGGUUUUAUUACUUAACGUCUUGACCUUUCGGGAUUUUUUAUUGUUUUGUUUUAUUGUUUUUUUUGUUUUGUUUCGUUUAGUAAAUUAAGCUGUCUGUUUGUUCGUUCGUGUAUUGUGUGGACAAAGCUGAAUGCCAUGUAGACAGGCCGACUGCCUGAGAGGCUACAGGACGUAGGGGGAGGGAGGGAAGGGCAUGGGCGCGGAGGGGGGGGAGGGUUUGCGUUUACAGGGUACAACCCUCCGCCCCCCCCCCAAACCCUAAAUCCCUUAUGGAAACAACCCUUACCCCUCCCUCCCCCUGCAGCCCACACCCGGCACCCUCCCGUAGGGGUUUUGUUUUUCUUCUAGUUUUGAUUUGCCCCUCAGCCCCGCGCCCCGCCUCCUCCCAAAGCCUCUCUCACUACUUGCCCACAGCCCUGCCCUCCCACCCCCUCCCCACCUUUUACAAGGGUUUUAUAAUGAGCAAGACUGCAAACUUAAGCCCGGUGUGUGAGAGAAGAAACAUCCUCCAAUCCCCCCCAACAUCUUUUAUUCUCUCCCCCGCCUAUGAUCUCACCUCCCCCCUCCUGCCCUCUCUCUCUGGGAGAUGAAGGAAGGGUGAAGUGAAAUUGGGGAGGGGUGUUGAGGGGGGGAGAGAGAAUCAGCUGGGCGUUUCUUCAUUUGCACACCACCCCCUGUAUACCCUGUGAUGUAUCCCACAAGCAGUGCAGCGCCGCAGGGGUGUUACGGCACGUAGCGCCCCCCUCCCCACCCCCAAUACGCAGCUAGUGUUUGAGAUAGAAUGCCGAGGCGCACGCUGAUGACCUCACGUAGUGCGAAACCGACGAGAGUGAUACUGUGCAAGCUGCGGCAAACACACAGGAUCCAUGGCAUUUUUUGCAGUCUGCUGUGAUAAUUCUGUUAAUGAUAUUGUCAUGAUUAUUACGAUAGGAAUCACCACCAUCGUCAUUAUUUAUUAAUGAGUUCACCCAUAAAAAGCUCAGUUGUUUCUUCUUUUUUUUUUUUUUUUAUCUGUGAAUUCAGGUUGACAUGAAUGUAAAUGAGACUAUUUUUGAUUUUUGUUUUAAUUUAAGUGGAUUGAAGAUGAAUAGUAAUGUCACAUAGUGUAAUAUAUGUCUUAUUUAAGUCCAGUAAGCCGCCCCAGGCAUUAAUAUCAUUACAGUGAAGGAUCACCUUAUAUAUCCAGUCAAAGAGCAGAACAGGGAACGCACACACACACAUGCACACACACACACACUGAAACUAAACACUAUGAUGCCAUAUUUGGUGCUAGAAAAAAGGAAUUCACCAUAUCUAUGAUGCAGACUGCAGUGAGACCUCUAGAUUAGCAACCACAGGCUGCAGGGCAGCGUCUUAGCAGCUAUAUUAACCUUAAACUCCUUGUCAUCAUGCUUGGCUAUCCUAGCUCAUACUCCAAAAUAUCGCCGCUGUUCUAAAUCUGUACUAAAAUGCCCUGUUUGCCGACAAUGUAACCGAACUGAAUAAUUGAGUUGAACUGAGACUUGUUCUGAACUGCUACUGCUCAGCCUGUGGUCCUCCAAACCCUUUAGAUGAACCCAAACCACAGACUAGAUCAAGCAAGAGCACUUAAGACUCAACAACGUACUACUGAGAAAUGCAAACAUUGAGAAAACGGAAACACUGAAACACGACGAGGGAACAUUGUUCGUCGGGGGUCCACUGCUAAAUCUGCAAGCCUCACUAGUAGAUUUGCUAUUUUAAGCCAGCGUGCAUAUCAGUAAAGGAGAUAAAUAGCCUCGCUGAUCUUUGCCCUUAUCAAGCAACCGUCCGACUGCCGAUGAGGUAAAGGCCAGACAUGAGAGAUUUUCAACAUACAUCCAGGGAGUUGAGCUCGUUUCUGCAGGUCUCCCAUGGCAACAGGUUUACUGGCCACUGUAGACCCAGGAGGCUGCUGAAGAUGCUGUUGUUUCUUUUGUUGUUAAUUUUUUUUUGUUUGUGUCGUGUUAUAUAUAUAUUUUUUUUUUUUACAAAUCGGAGUACACUGAAUUUUUGUCUUAAUGCACUGUGAAGCGAGGGAGCGGUUCUCUCUGCCUAUGAGGUCAGGGAUGUGUGCUGUAGACGGCAUUGCGAUUGGAUGGUUUUUGUAUGGCAGGGGAAAAAAAACAAAAAAAACACACAUAUAUGAAAUAUAUGUAGAAUGCAUAUGAAGAACUUCACCAGAAAUGUACGUCCUAUCUGAAUACUGAAAGAGACUAGGUCGAUGAAGAGGGUCAAUCAAUUGAGGUCAUGAGUUGAGAUCAAUUAGAUUCUACUUCCUGUUGUCUUGGAAAAGUGUUUUGUAAUCAGAGGGUGGGAUGUUGGGGGAGUGUUAGGUGUCCAGCAGCAGAUUAAAGAGACUGGAACAAAUUAUAAAAUUACCUUUUCUAUCGCAGCUGUGUCUUUUUCAUAAACAGUUGAAAUUGAUAAUGUACUGUUCAUCCAACGGGCAAAUCCCUGGACACGUAUUUAAGUCCAACAGGAGUUGAAGUGUGACGGAAUGUAAAAUGCCAAAAAAUGAGGAGGGGGUGCAUUUGAUUUAUUGACCUAAACAGCCUGGUGAGGGGAGGGAACUCCUCUUAAGAUUAAAAAAACAAACAAGACUUUUUGAUUCUUUUUAAAACCAAUCCGACCCAAAAUCCUCCACUGUGCUAUCGAAUGUGUCACUCUCUGUUGGAGCGCCAGUGAGGGUUAAUCUCCACAGCUUGGUAAGGAGGCUUCUUUACUCCCAUCUAACACCAUCCACACUCUCCUCACCCUCCCUCCCACCCGUCCUCAGUCCUCCAGUGCACUCCCAUCCUGACACCCCCUCUCCUCCUACUACAUCGCUCCAUGGGUGACUAUGUCUGGUGUUACGAUCAAUGCAUGUCUGCUGCUUGCCCUGACAAACACCGCAGAUUGAGUCUCUCUUCUCUUUGCCUCCUCGGGCGGCUGAGGCUCGGAGGCGCCCCGAUGCAGAAAACGACCACACCUGCAGAGGAAGUCAUAUAGUUGAGGCUGGCAGGGCGCAGUGCACAUACACUCUUAUCUGUAGUUUGCAUUUCAUUUUAUAAUACUUUAGAGAAACAUUGUUGAUUUGGAAUACCUUGCUGCACAAACAUAAAACAUACACAUAUCGUGAGGGAAUAUUUUGUCAUUGAUGGGGUUUGACUGGAUUUAUGUUUGAUAUUUUGUGGCGAAAACAUCAUAAGACCAUAGGAAGAUAGUAGUAGUUGUAGUAGUGAUAGUAGUAGAUAGAGUGCUUUUGUUCCACUGUAGAACUGUACUGUGCUGUAAGCAGUCAGUAACUGAUUGUCCAGUUUAUUUAGUGCAUGUUACGUCAGGAUUGAGCAUGUAGAUUACUGCUUGAUUUAUCAUUUAUCAAGCAAAAGUGGCAAACAUUUACUGAUUACAGCUUUCCAAAUGUGAGGAUCUGCUGCUUGUAUCUGUCUUAUAUUGUUGUAAAUUGAAUAUAUUUGGGUUUCAGACUGUUGGUCAGACAAAACAAGGAAUUUGUGGACUGUUCUGGGAACGUCUGGAAGACAUUUUUUCACUAUUUUCUGACUGUCAAUUAAUCUAAAUUAAGAUUUUGAACUGCUUAAUGCUUAAUUAAUUGACUAAUUCCGACAAACGUUAGAGAGCAGGUUUAGUUUGUUGUCAAAUUUGCCUCAUUGCUACAUUACUUUGGAUGCAGCACAGUGUGUUUACAGUGGAAAAACUGCAUUGAAAUUUGUGCUAUAGGAGCCAGUUGAGUUGAUUAAUGCUGGACGGAUUUCUUUUUCAUCUCAUUAGUUAAAUCUUAGAAAGAUCUUGUUUGGUUUGUCUUUUAAACAGCGGCCAAUCUCUUUAGUUAUCUUAACGUUAGGGGAUCGAGAUAAAAUGUGAUUGAGUACUGGAAGCAAUACACGUAGUGGCAUGUCGUCCUGUCCUUUAUCCUCUGUCUGCCGUAGGAGCUCUGGAUUUAGAUGUUGAAUAGGUUUACAUGAGUUUUUAAUUUGUGGAAAAUGCUGCUAUUUAAUAAUAACUGAUGUACUAAAAAUACAAGGUUUAAACAUAUCGAAAUCUGUCCUUUAGCUGGAGAAGGCUAGUCUCAAGUGGCAGUGUAAUACAAGCUCUGUUAUAAGCUGACGAUAAGUUAAUAAUAGUGUAAUUCUAACCUGAACAAGUUAAACCUGUGCCAAAAUAGGUCUUUACAGAGUGAAACUGUAAAUGUGUUGAUUUAAACCACAUUAGAUACAUAAGAGGAGACAUACUUUUAUAUUAAGAAAAUGUGAAAAGUGCCAAAUGAACCAUAUUUAUAAUUUCCGUAGGAGGGGAGAAGUCCACGUGACGAGUUUUUAACAGCUGAGUAGACUAACGGUCAAAGCGCCUCAGUACAGCAGUUUGUUUAAGCCCUCUCUGUUCCUGCCACAAGAGGAGGGACCGCCAUGUUAGCAAAGUGUUAGCCAGUCCUCUGGGAACUACAGCUCCCAGAACGCAACAGCACUACGACUCUGGGGCUAGACAAAUCAAUAUAGCGAUAGGUUAGCAUAAUUAUGCUAAAACAAUGUGACUUGAUAGCAUUCUUAAAUACAGCCUUUUAUAGUUACAAUGAAAAUGUAUUUUGUGGAAAUAGAUGUUAUCUUUUUUGCACGUCUAUAUUGCAUGAUAUCAAAGUGAAGCGUGGACAAAAAAAAAUCACAAAAAAAAUCAAAGAAACAAAAAAGAAGUGGCAAAAAAAAAAAAAAUUAGGCAGUGAGUGUCAUUCAUUUUUCGGAGACAAAUCUGUGCAUGCCGAUAAGGGUAGAGCAUUUUGAUAUUGUUUUACACGCGUUCAAAUGUUUGUUGUUUGAGUCCUGGUCCGCCGGCCAAAGGUGAACAAAAUGUUUGAUUUUGACGUUACAUACAACAGAAUGAGUAUUUUGUCGAUAAGUUGUCGAACCGUCCUCGAAAGGUAUACGAAUAAAACUCUCGAACAAAACCUAAGACUAUUUUGCUACUUGCCGAGCGAGCUUGUACUAAAAAGUUCUCAGUUGCUGCCGAACUUUAGACAGAAAAAAAAAUAAAUCAGGAUUUAAUUUCAAAUUAAGACUGAGAUUGUCCAUGAAUGUACUCACCUCUGCAUAAGUUUGCAUAUCACUCCUCUGACCAUUGGCGUGCAGUAGAGGCUUACGUGUGUUUCCGUGUGUUUUUGUACUCUAACAUUACUAACCCUCGACGCGCUGUGUCGAGCUCUCAGUAGAACUCUGUCUCUGUCUGUCCUUUUACCCCCCCCACGCUCUGAGCUCUGGCUUGUCUUGUCAUUGAUAUGCACCUUAUUGACCUCAAAUAUGACAUGGAGCAUCUCCAGCCCCGCCCAGUGUAUUCCUAUGGGGUUGGUAGAGAUUCGUAAAGAAAAGAGUGUGAGAAAGAGAGGUGAGAUCUCCCCUCCCUCACCUACAAAUCACCUCCCUCCCCAAAAAAAAAACCCACACAAGUCUGUCUGCUGCGCUCUCGGUCUCCCUCUGGGUGCCUCGAUGCAGAAUUUGGGACAGAUUGUGUUUUCACUCCCUUAAUAUGCAAUCCAAGGCUCUGAUCUCAGGGAGAGAAACAACACUGAACAUUGCCAGUGUGUUCUCUCCCUCCCUCUCUUUCUCUCUCGAUUUUUCCCAGCUCAGUUCAAUUAGAUGCUUUAUUGGCUUCCGUGUCAAACAAAAAAAAAGAGACAUUUUUGCCAAAGUCUAUCCACCUCUCUCACUCUCUCAUUCCUUCUUAUGCAACCAGAGUAUUUCCAGUGUGGUCAUGUUUUGUAUCCCGACAGAUGUUGUCAUGGGAGAUGGCCCGCUUCCUACAAAACUCCCCAAAAAGAAAAAAAAAAAAAAAAGAAAAAAUUCCAUUUGUGCUCCUAGCGACAUGUUUGCACUAAACUCUCUGCUGUUACUGUGCACGGCAGGCCGAGCUGAGCUGAGGUGGGGUUCAGUGUGCGAGACUACUGUAGAUGUGUAGCCUUACUGUAGGUGUUUUAUUCAGCAGUGUAUUUAGAUGUGCAUGCUCCUCUCUCUCUCUCUCUCUCCCUCUCUCUCUGUCUGCUUUAGGCCAGCUCCGUGCUCGUGGUGUCUGUGUUGCGACGUAGCCGGCUAGUCAUGUUUUUUCAUUUUAUCCUUUCUGUUUUUAUUGUGAUGUGUAGAGGAAUGCAAACUUAACUCUCACCUGCUCGCCAGGUGACCUCAUUGCUUCUCGGUGGGUGUGGCUCUUCGACAUAGUCCUCAGAUCUUGUUUUUUUGCCCCUCCCCUCCACCGCCACCUCCACAAAUUCAAACCCACUCUCACCCACACCCACCACUGACCCCCUCCACCCUCUCCACCUCUUCAAACACCCUCUAAGACAUAUUAUGGGACCCCCCCCCUUUUCCACCUCCCCUUCCUUCCCCAACUCGGGCCCCAUCGAAGCACCAGCAACUGUAGACUGCAUUUGUCAUAUCACUGUUUUUCUGUUCCUUCUUCUCUGUUGAUUUUUUUUCCUGGUUUUGAUUUGUACUGUAUGCUCUGUCUAACCUAGACCAGUUUUAACAAAAUGCCAUUUCUGUGUGUAGCCUGUUUACCCCUCCCACACACACACACACACAUACACACACACACACUCAAACACACACAUACACACUCACACACACUCAGACACACAUACACACUUCCAUGCCCUCUUUUUUGCACUUUCACUGCCCACUCCUCCUCCUUGCCCAAAACAUACACACACUUUCCUCCUCCGCCUCCCACGAGUCUCUUCUCUCGAGUGCCAAAAUAGAACAGAGAGGAAAAAAACAAAACAAAAACAAAAAAAAAAGACAACAACAACAACAACAACAACUACCAUUCCAAGCGUUUCUUUGAGUUGUUCUUGUGUGUCGGACAUCCAUCCUGGAAGCACCCAUGAAGCCAGCAUGCUCCGCCCUCAUAACAUGAUGUCGCUCAUGACGCCUCAACUGAACAGCACCUUGCCCCCCACCACCACCACUCCUCCUCCUCCUCCUCACCACCCCCCACAGAGCUAAACCCGACAAGGAUUAACCCCUCUGCAGGUUGGCUACCUACCUACUGUCCUGCCUCUCAACCUACCUAAAAAAGCCCUACCGCUCAUGCCAGCUGCUUUCCUAAUUCUGUCAUCUCUUCAGCCUGUGGGACUUCAUUGAUUGUGUGCCAUAGUGUUGGGGGCACCUUUCACUCUCCUCACCUCCCCCUCUUUCUACCCCCCCUCACCUUUUCUCUCUCUCUAUCCCCCCCUCCCUCCCUCUCUCGCUCUCGCUCCAUUUGAUUUUUCUCGAUGGGAAAGAUUCAAAAACUCCAUUUUCUAAUGAUGAUUUUUUUUGUUGUUGUUUAACAUCCAACCCACGCACGCCGACACACGCACCGCCCCCGCGCGGUGGUGUGGGGAGUGUUUACGCACCGUCAGCUGCGCAGCCAUCCUCUGUCUUCUUGAACUUUUUGAACUUUCACCCCCUCAUGAACUUUAUUGACCUUCUUCCUCCUCCUCCUACCCCCCUUCUGUGUUCAUCCAACUGUUUGGACGAUAACUCUCCAUUCCAUCCCCAAAAACCUCUCUGAGACUGUGCAAUGCUAGCUGAUAUGAUUGGAUUUUUUUGUUUGUUUGUUUGUUGCUCAUCAUUGGGGACAAUUCUCUGAGAUAUAAGUCGAAAAAGAACAAAAAAAAAAACAUAUGAAAGGAAGAAAAAAAAAAAAACAUCCAAAAAAAAGAAAUGCAGACAAACAAAAAAAAAAGAAAAAAACACUAAACAACUGUUUCUCCACAAUUUCAUUUUUUUCUCUCUCAUUGUAAAUAUUUUUGUCAGAUUUUUGCCGAGCUGUAAAGAGAGAAGUGUUGAGCAGAACGGGGCCGGCAGCAUAAAGAGGUACUAGUGGACGCGGUAGACGAUCAUCAUCCUCUGUAUCCGAUAGUUAGGUCUGCCUGUAUAAUCGGCUAUGCUAGUUCUACUGUGUUAACCUGUGCUGUUGUUAUUAGUGUUGAUUUACCUACUGUAUUCGCUGUUUAGCUUCCAUGUUGGUUAGCGAACUCUUUAGAUACCUGUGCUCAUCGAAUAAUAAUACUGACCUUGAGAAGUAGUCCGAGCCAUUCUCAACGUAGGCUUGUUUUUGUACAUUUGUUGAUGUUUUCCUAACAGUGAGUUGUAGUGGCGCUAGUAUCUUUUAUCAUCGAGCCAUAGUUAUUGAAAAUGCUUGGUCGUGUUAGAGACAUAUCAUCGUGGAAAACGGCUCGACUCGGCUCCUCCAGGUUGGAAAAAAAUAACCCCAGGGAGGUGGACAGAACAAAAUAAAUAAAAAAAACAAACUAAGCUCCUCCCGGGCGACUAAACGAGGACGCUGAGCUGCUAACUUUUGUGCAAUACAGUCCUAGUUUACAUAACAUAGAAUGAUAGAUAGAUAGAGAUGAUUAACCUCUGCAGGGGCCACUCAACCAUCCUGCCGCCUGCAGAACCAAACUUGUGGCAUAUCUCCAUAUUUCGCCUGUGCAUCAGAGACAUUUUGAAAGUAUUAACUGCGUGAGAUUAGACUCCAUCAUUUCAUCGCAUUGCUCUGAGCUCCACUCUUGAUUUAUGCUGCCUGCCCCAUUGCCCUGAGAACACCACAUGAGCUAUUUAUUUCUCAGACUAUUAUUAUUAUUAUACUAUUAAUAAAUAACAACGAGAAAAAGGGAACGACUGGAAAAAGGUGAAUUAAUAUUAGUAUUGUUUUGUUUUUAUUUUUAGUAUUUUAGUGGUUGCUUUUAACAACAUUCAUUAACUGACUUAAAGAGUAUUGAAUAUUUAAUGUAAUUGUAGCAUUGUGUUUGUAAAGAGAAAAAAAAACCUAGUGAGUUGUGUUUCUUGACUUGUGGAUUACCAGUGAAGUGGGCAAUCUAGUGCUAAUAUAUAUGAGGUCUUUUUUUAAGGAUUCUUAUUUUGCGACAGCAACAGCAGUCAUUAUAAAUGUUCAUUUUAGCAUCACCUGUCUUCCGUUGUCUUAUUCUUCACCUUCCACCACACUCUGCAUCAUCACAGUAACACAUCGCAAGUCUGGGGGCGGGCAAGAGUGUGUGUCUUUGUGUGAGUCGUGGUGUGUG